AUGGCGUUCGGCAAGCUUUUCGCGUACCAGGGCAACCCCCGCACCACUGCCAUCCUCGUUGUGGCCAAGGCCAACGGCGUCGAGCUCGACCUCGUUGAGUCCGAUGGCUCCAAGCCCACCGAGGAGCACCUCAAGGCCAACCCCCUCGGCAAGAUUCCCGCCUUCCUUGGUGAGGAUGGCUACGCCCUCUCUGAGGCCAUUGCUGUCGCCAUCUACAGUACGUAUACCCUGAGUCACACUCAGACGAACCAUCUCCAGUCUCUGCUUCGCUGCGUUCUUUCUUCACCCUCUUCUUCCCCCCUCCUGCGAAAUGAUGACCUAGACAAUUCAAUCAGUUAUCCCUGGCCGAAUCACCUCACCUCCCAGAACGAGAAGACCACUCUCCUCGGCAAGACCAAGCAGGACUACGCUUCCAUCCUGAGGUGGAUGUCCUUCGUCAACUCCGAGGUCCUCCCUCCUCUGGGUGGCUGGUUCCGCCCUCUUCUCGGAAGGGACCCCUACAACAAGAAGGCUGUUGAGGACUCCUCCAAGGUUGCUCUCAAGGCCGUUGGUGCCAUUGAGAAGCACCUCCAGACACACGUACCUUGUUGCGAGCGCAUCACCCUCGCCGAUAUCUUCGCUGCCAGCAUCAUCUCGCGCGAUUUCGAGUUUUUUUUCGACCAGGAAGUGGCGCUCGCAGAACCCCCACCCCCUUCCGGUUCGCGCAAGUACCUUUUCGGCUGCGCCUCCGUCUACGGCGAGACCAACGCCUCGGUCAUCCAGGGUGCCUUUGUCGUCCGCGGCCAGGAGUUCAAGCCCGUCUUCGACGUCGCUCCCGAUUACGAGAGCUACGAGUUCACCAAGCUUGACCCCACCAAGCCCGAGGACAAGGAGUUCGUCGAGAACAUGUGGUCCUGGGAGAAGGGUGUCACCGUUGACGGCAAGGAGUACCCCCACGCCGCCGGCAAGGUCCUGAAAUAAGCGUCUCGCUUACAGGGCGGAAGGAGUAACGUGAUGCGCGAUGAUGAUGGUUUAUGGCAGGGAUUGUUAUGAGGUCACGAACUGGGAACGGAUCGGGGUGGAUGAUAUUCAUGGUCCCCAGGGAUUCCGCGUGCGGUGUGGCCCGGAGGUUUUAAAAGAGCCGCAAGUGCCCGGUAAACAAGCUGCAGAUGAAUAUGAUGAGUGAAUCAA